AGGAGCGAGAGAUGCCCCAGCAUACUCUCCGCUGAACCUCCCCGUGUGUUCUUGCUUCUGUCAGCUUCCUCUCAGCUGGGAUCGCGCCGCGUCAACUUCCGGGCGGGUGCCCGCCAGCACGGCCUCCGCCGCUCCCCUCCUUUGGCCCCUUUGUGUCCCCGCAGUGUGGAGGCGCGGGCCCUGGCAGGUCCUUUCUCGAGGCAGGGGGCACCGUAGUGCAGGGAAUCUCUGUCUGUGGGCGGGCACGCGGCCCGCUGGGGGGUUACACUGGGGAACGUGCCUGCGCGUGCCGGGUUCAUUUCAAGUCCCCGGGCCCCUCAGGGUGAUUCCUGCCACUAUGAAUCUUUUCAACCUGGACCGUUUUCGCUUUGAGAAAAGGAGUAAAAUUGAGGAAGCGCCCGAAGCAACCCCACAGCCCUCCCAGCCUGGCCCUUCUUCACCAAUUUCUCUUAGUGCUGAAGAGGAGAAUGCUGAAGGGGAAGUUAGCAGGGCAAACACCCCUGACUCAGAUGUAACUGAGAAAACAGAAGAUUCAAGUGUUCCAGAGACUCCAGAUAAUGAAAGAAAAACAAGUAUAUCAUAUUUCAAGAAUCAAAGAGGAAUACAAUAUAUUGAUUUGUCUUCUGAUAGUGAAGAUAUUGUUUCCCCAAAUUGCUCCAAUACAGUUCAAGAGAAAAAAUUCAACAAAGACACAGUGAUAAUCGUUUCUGAGCCAUCUGAAGAUGAGGAAUCCCAAGGCCUUCCUACCAUGGCACAAAGAAAUGAUAUUUCAGAAUUGGAGGACUUUUCAGAAUUAGAAGACCUUAAGGAUGCUAAACUUCAGACCUUGAAGGAGCUUUUCCCACAAAGAAGUGACAGUGAUUUGCUUAAGUUGAUAGACUCAACAAGUACCAUGGAUGGAGCAAUUGCUGCUGCCUUGCUGAUGUUUGGUGAUGCAGGUGGUGGGCCCAGGAAAAGAAAAUUAUCUUCUUCUUCAGAGCCAUAUGAGGAAGAUGAAUUUAAUGAUGAUCAAUCUUUAAAAAAGACAAGAAUAGAUCAUGGUGAGGAGUCAAAUGAGUCUGCAGAAUCUAGCAGUAAUUGGGAAAAGCAGGAAAGUAUUGUACUAAAAUUACAAAAGGAGUUUCCAAAUUUUGAUAAGCAGGAACUGAGAGAAGUACUCAAGGAACAUGAGUGGAUGUAUACUGAAGCUUUAGAAUCUCUAAAAGUGUUUGCGGAAGACCAAGAUAUGCAAUAUGCUUCACAAAAUGAGGUUCCAAAUGGAAAAGAAGUUUCUUCAAAGGGUCAAAAUUAUCCUAAAAAUACAACUAAAACAAAACUAAAACAGAAAUUUUCCGUGAAACCACAAAAUGGUUUUAACAAGAAACGUAAAAAAAACGUAUUUAAUCCAAAGAAAGUCACUGAAGACUCUGAGUAUGAUUCAGGUUCUGAUGUUGGCAGUUCUCUGGAUGAGGACUAUAGUAGUGGUGAAGAAGUGAUGGAGGAUGGCUAUAAGGGUAAAAUUCUUCACUUCCUUCAAGAUGCCUCAAUUGGUGAACUCACUCUAAUUCCUCAGUGUUCUCAGAAAAAGGCUCAGAAGAUAACAGAACUCCGGCCCUUUAACAGUUGGGAAGCUCUGUUCACAAAGAUGUCCAAAACUAAUGGUUUAUCAGAAGAUUUGAUAUGGCACUGUAAAACAUUGAUCCAAGAAAGAGAUGUGGUUAUAAGGCUUAUGAACAAAUGUGAAGACAUUUCAAAUAAAUUAACCAAACAAGUAACCAUGCUCACUGGAAAUGGAGGAGGCUGGAACAUCGAACAACCCUCCAUUCUAAACCAAAGUUUGUCACUCAAGCCCUAUCAGAAGGUUGGCUUGAAUUGGCUGGCAUUAGUACAUAAACAUGGACUUAAUGGCAUUUUGGCAGAUGAAAUGGGCCUAGGGAAAACUAUUCAAGCCAUUGCAUUCCUGGCAUACCUCUUUCAGGAGGGUAAUAAAGGUCCUCAUCUGAUCGUUGUUCCAGCAUCAACUAUAGAUAACUGGUUAAGGGAAGUCAACUUGUGGUGCCCCACUUUAAAUGUACUCUGUUACUACGGUUCUCAAGAAGAACGUAAACAAAUCAGAUGUAACAUUCACAGUAAAUAUGAAGAUUACAAUGUAAUUGUGACCACGUAUAAUUGUGCAAUCAGCAGUUCAGAUGAUCGUAGUCUGUUUCGACGCCUAAAACUUAAUUACGCAAUUUUUGAUGAGGGCCACAUGCUGAAGAAUAUGGGUUCCAUCCGCUACCAGCACCUUAUGACAAUUAAUGCAAAUAACCGGUUGCUGCUCACAGGCACACCUGUGCAGAAUAAUCUGUUAGAACUCAUGUCACUGUUGAAUUUUGUUAUGCCACAUAUGUUCAGUAGUAGUACCAGUGAAAUACGAAGAAUGUUUUCUUCUAAGACUAAAUCUGCUGAUGAGCAAAGUAUAUAUGAAAAGGAGAGAAUAGCACAUGCAAAACAAAUCAUAAAGCCAUUCAUUCUCAGAAGAGUAAAAGAAGAGGUUCUCAAGCAGCUACCUCCUAAGAAAGAUCAAAUUGAGUUGUGCACAAUGUCAGAGAAGCAGGAGCAACUGUACUUGGGCCUUUUCAACAGAUUGAAAAAAUCUAUCAAUAACCUGGAAAAAAGUACAGAAAUGUGCAAUGUCAUGAUGCAAUUGAGAAAAAUGGCCAAUCAUCCUUUAUUACAUCGUCAAUAUUACACAGCUGAAAAACUCAAGGAAAUGUCUCAGCUUAUGCUAAAGGAACCUACACAUUGUGAGGCUAACCCUGAUCUGAUCUUUGAAGAUAUGGAAGUUAUGACAGACUUUGAACUACAUGUACUUUGUAAACAGUAUCGACACAUAAAUAAUUUCCAGUUAGACAUGGAUUUGAUUCUAGAUUCUGGAAAAUUCCGAGUUUUAGGACAUAUCUUGUCUGAAUUAAAACAGAAGGGUGAUAGAGUGGUAUUAUUCAGCCAAUUUACCAUGAUGCUGGAUAUUUUAGAGGUUCUCUUAAAACAUCAUCAGCAUAGGUACCUGAGAUUAGAUGGAAAGACUCAAAUUUCUGAAAGGAUUCAUCUAAUUGAUGAGUUUAAUACCGAUAUGGAUAUCUUUGUGUUUCUGCUGUCAACAAAAGCUGGUGGAUUGGGAAUAAAUCUGACUUCAGCAAAUGUUGUUAUACUUCAUGAUAUUGAUUGUAAUCCUUAUAAUGACAAACAAGCAGAAGAUAGAUGUCACAGAGUAGGCCAAACUAAAGAAGUACUAGUUAUAAAAUUAAUAAGCCAAGGGACAAUUGAAGAAUCCAUGCUAAAAAUUAACCAACAGAAAUUGAAACUUGAACAAGAUAUGACUACCGUAGAUGAAGGUGAUGAAGGGAGUAUGCCAGCAGAUAUAGCCACAUUACUAAAAACAUCAAUGGGCCUGUGAAUCAGAACUGCAGAUUCCUAAGUGAUAAGGAAAUAUCAACUUGGUGCACUCAAGGACAUUUACAUUAUGAUGACCAUGGGGUUUAUGAACAUUUAUACCUUUUUAUAAUUUCCAUAUUGCAUUUCUCAUAGUAUGGACAACUUUUUUGCCACUAACUGAACUCUCCAGAUGCUCACACAUGAGAUUUCGUAAAAAGCCACAAAUAUGUAGUCCUGAAGAUGUUGAAUAAUCAUUUUACAAAGCAGUUUUCUGAAUGGGGAUUAGUUGGUGAUUGUUUGUAACAAAUAUGCUAAUGCUUUAGAAAUGUCAGUAUUUUUGUAAUUAUUUCUACCUCCAAAUAUAUAUAUAUUGUCUUUCACUGGAUAAUGUGUGUAGAUUUUUACAUGUGCCUUAUUUGACAAUGCUUAUGUCUUGUUUUUGCUUGUCUCAUUUGAAGUUUUUUUUUAUUAUGUUGGUUUAAAGAAUGCAGCUGUAUAGAUAAUAUAGCUUUCAUUUUAUUGCUAUUUGAAGCAGAUGUUCACCAAUGUCAACAAGAACUCAUCCUGAAUUUAAAGGUGGCAUUCCAUACACUAACAUCCCCCAGGUCCUCUCAAGUACUUAUGUUAAAACAAAUUUGUUUGGCUAGGCACUAAGUUGUUUUCCAGUGAGUAGUAACUAAAGAAGCCCUCAUCCUGCUUCAUGGAUUAAUUCUUUCUGUUCGUUUCCCAACUGCACUAAUUGUGCUUCUUAAUCUGCCUCUCGUGCAUGUUUUCAUUGACUUCCCUCUCCUGGCUUUUGCUUCUCUUAAAUUGUUGCCCAGUCACUUCUGCUCCAGUUCUCUUCCUCUCUAAAUACCAGUUUCUUCCUGCCACAUCCCAUAUAUCAGCGAAAUGUUGGUGACAUUUUUUCUAACCUGGCAGAACAGAUUGACUUAAAGCUAUUUCACGUCAAAGCAGACUGGAUGUGACUUCAUGUUAAGGCAGCAUUAGGUACUGCAUGGAAAUAGGUCAUUAACUUUAAACUCUUAUCAAAAUAUAAUUUACCGGUUUCCAGAAUUUCCAGUACAGGACCGUCUGAAGAGAGAGCCAUUGUUGAAUUCCAAUUCAGUGUGGGUGACAUAGUGAAAUUUAGAAGUUGUCUAUUUGAUAUUUAACUCUUUAUUAAAUCUUUCUUUAAAAUUUUGCCUGUCAGUCCAUAAUGCUGUUUUUAUUAUACAUCCGUUUCUUUGUAUAACUUGUGAGUUUCAUGUGUUUUGUUUUUAUUUUGUAAAUAUCAUUAUAAAUAAACUUAUUUAUAAAUCAGAGACUUGUUAAUUAUUGGAGAUCACACUUUCCAAGGCAUCCUAACUUGCUAAGAUGCUAGGUAAUAUAACCCUUCGGACUUAGAAGAUGAACAAAACUUUUAAUGUGAUUCUUUAGAUAUUACAAACUCAUGACUCAUUAGACUUACUCAACCUUAAAGCUAUAUUGAACACACUGAAUAUGCUUUAGUGUUACAGGGCUAAAAGAAACUGCAAAUGUUAAUACUACCUCUUGCAUUACCAUACCCAAGUCACAUAGUCAAAUUGUUGGGAAUAUUACCUUUUAAAAAUCUCAUGGAUUUCUCAUAACUUUUCUGUAUCAAUGUAUUUUCAGUGAUAGGCUGUUUCUUUUGUUGUUAGUGUUGUUGUUGUUAUAUUUGCAUUAUUAUCUCUAAUGAAAUGUAGUUGGGUUCUUCCUGUAAUGCUCUAUUGUGUCUUGGGCUUAAUAAAAAUAUUUGUGAUCAUAAGUUGUAUUUUCACAACCUUUUUAACAGUUUCUAACCCUCUCCCCCCCUUCCCUUUAAAAUAUAUAAUAUUGAGCACAAAUGAGAUCAUCUUAUGCGCUUAAUAUUAUGUCGGUCAAUAAAUUGGAAUUUAUUACCAGUUUAA